CCUAUAGUUAACUUCGUGAAUCUAUAAACAUUGCCAAACUCGACUGUUUCGGCGUAUAAGUCCAAUUGCUCAAAGAAUGACUAAUAAUUUUGCGGUAAGACCAGAACUAAUAUUAGGAAUGCUGCCAAAAUCCAUUAAGAGUUAUGAUUUAUGUACACAAAUAGAAUUGAUAUACUCAUAAAAUAUUGCCUAAUGUUUGAUUUCUCUUCAGAUGUUAAGAAGAGGUACGAUAUCACCCGCCACAUUCUGUACAAGCUGGACCAGCUGGAGUGUAUCAACAAUGCUUGUAAAGCUUCCAAUAUUCAGUUAAAGGAGGAAAUUGCUCAGCUUAAAAUAGAUAUCCAAUUGGCUGAAGAGGAGAACAGCAAGGCUAAGGAAGACCUGCGCCUCGCAGAGGAAGAAAUUCACCAACUAAAUUCCGAAAUGCGUGAAGUAGAGGAGGAUGCAAGGUUGAUCAAAGACGAGGUUCGUCAAGCUGAGGAGGACUCGAGGCUGGUCAAGGAGGACAAUACUCGCCUGAAGAAGGAGAUCUACUUGAUCAAUGAAGAUAACAGGAAGAUUAAAAAUGACGUUCGCUUAACAGACGAGAAGAAUCGCAAGCUGAAGGAAGAGAUUCGUCAAGUGGCGGAGGACGCAAAGCGGGCCAUGGAGGAGAUUCGCCAAUUGAAGGAAAAGCUCGACCAAAUGGAAGAGGAUGCGAGGUUGGCCAAGGAGAGAAUCCAGGAGCUGGAGAUUAUAGAGGCCCAAGCCAAGGAGCAGAUCUCAAUGGCGUUGACGAGAAUAGCUGAGCUAGAGAAAGAGAACCAGCAGCUGCAAGAGACGAUCAAAAAGACAGAGACAGAGAAGCAAAUGGUUGAAGACCAACUCUCACUCUUGGAGAAGGAGAAGAAAGAUCUUGAAGGUGAACUCUCACGCUUGGAAAAGGAGAAGACAGAGCUUCAAGAUCAACUCUCAAUCUUGGAGAAGGAGAAGAAAGAAGCUGAAGAGCAACUAUCCCUUUUAGGAAAACAGGUCACGGACUUGCAAACAGAAAACGCUGCUUUAAAGGCGGAAAAAGAAGAAAUUAUCAAGAAGGCUCAGGAGGAGAAGAAAGAUCUUGAAGACACACUCUCAUUCUUGGAGAAGGAAAAUACAGAUCUUAAAGAACAACUCUCACUCUUGGAGAAGGAAAAUACAGAUCUUAAAGAACAACUCUCAAUCAUGGAGAAGGAAAAUACAGACCUUAAAGAACAACUCUCACUCAUAGAGAAGGAAAAGAAAGAUCUUGAAGACAAACUUUCAAACGUGGAAGAACAAAUCAGGGUUUUAAUAACAGAAAACGCUGCUUUACAGGAAGAAAAGGAAGAAAUAAUCAAAAAGGCAGAAGAGGAGAAGAAAGCUCUUGAAGAACAACUCUCACUCAUAGAGACGGAAAAUACAGAUCUUAAAGAACAACUCUCAAUCGUGGCGAAGGAAAAGAAAGAACUUGAAGAUAAACUCUCAAACGUAGAAGAACAGCUCAGUGUCUUAAUAACAGAAAACUCUGCUUUACAGGAAGAAAAGGAAGAAAUAAUCAAGAAGGCAGAAGAGGAGAAGAAAGCUCUUGAAGAACAACUCUCACUCAUAGAGACGGAAAAUACAGAUCUUAAAGAACAACUCUCACUCUUCGAGAAGGAAAAUACAGAUCUUAUAGAACAACUCUCACUCAUAGAGAAGGAAAAGAAAGAUCUUGAAGAUAAACUCUCAAACGUAGAAGAACAGCUCAGUGUCUUAAUAACAGAAAACUCUGCUUUACAGCAAGAAAAGGAAGAAAUAAUCAAGAAGGCAGAAGAGGAGAAGAAAGCUCUUGAAGAACAGCUCUCACUCAUAGUGACGGAAAUGAAAGAUCUUGAAGAACAACUCUCACUCAUGGAGACGGAAAAGAAAGAUCUUGUAGAACAACUCUCACUCCUGGAGACGGAAAAGAAAGAUCUUGAAGAACAACUCUCAGUCAUCGAGAAGGAGAAGAAGGAUGUUGAAGACGAACUCUCCGUCUUAAAAGAACACGUCAAGGUCUUAGAAACAGAAAACGCUGAUUUAGAGAAAGAAAAAGAGGACAUAAUCAAGAAAAUUCAAGAGGAAAAAAGACUUAUUGAAGAACAACUCUCCCUUGCAGAAGAACAGGUCAGGGGCUGCCAAGCAGAAAACGCUGCUUUACAGAAGGAAAAAGAAGAAAUAAUCAAGAAGACCGAGGAGGAGAAAAAACUUGUUGAACACAAACUUUCCGUCGCGGAAGAAGAGGUGAGGAACUUGCAGAUAACAAACGAUGCUUUACAGAAAGAAAAAGAAGAAAUAAUCACGAAAUGUGAGGGGGAGAAGAAAGAUUGGGAAGAGAAAUUCUCAGUCUUGGAGAAGGAGAAGACAGUUAUUGAAGAGCAGUUUUCCGUCUUGGAGGGAGAUAACGGUGUUUCUAAGAACCAACUUUCAGCUCUCGAAAAACAGGUGACGGAAUUCCAAACAGAAAAAGUUGCUAUACAGAAGGAAAGAGAAGAAAUAGACAGAAAAACUCAAGAGGAGAAGAAAGGUUAUGAAGACCAACUCUUGGUCUUGAAAGAGGAGAAGAAAUCUGUUGAAGACCAACUCUUGGUCAUUGAGAAGGACAAGAAAGGUGUUGAAGACCAACUCUCAGUCAUGGAGAAGGAGAAGAUGGAUGUUAUAGAGGAACUCUCCGUCUUAAAAGAACACGUCAAUGACUUAGAAACAGAAAACGCUGGUUUAGAGAAAGAAAAAGAGGACAUAAUCAAAAAGAUUCAAGAGGAAAAAAUAAUUGUUGAAGAACAACUCUCCCUUGCAGAAGAACAGAUCAGGGUCUGCCAAGCAGAAAACGCUGCUUUACAGAAAGAAAAAGAAGAAAUAAUCAAGAAGGUCGAGGAGGAGAAAAGACUUCUUGAACAUAAACUCUCCAUCGUGGAAGAACAGGUGAGGGCCUUGCAAAUAGCAAACGAGGCUUUACAGAAAGAAAAAGAAGAAAUAAUUAAGAAGGCCGAGGAGGAGAAGAAAGCUCUUGAAGAACAACUUUCACUCUUGGAGAAGGAAAAUGUAGAUAUUAAAGAACAACUCUCACUCUUGGAGAAGGAAAAUACGGAUCUUAAAGAACAACUCUCACUUCUGGAGACGGAAAAUAAAGAUCUUGAAGAGAAUAUCUCAAAGUUGGAAGAACAGGUCAGGGUCUUAAUAACAGAAAACUCUGCUUUACAGGAAGAAAAGGAAGAAAUAAUCAGGAAGGCAGAAGAGGAGAAGAAAGCUCUUGAAGAACAACUUUCACUCUUGGAGAAGGAAAAGAAAGAUCUUGAAGAACAACUCUCAAUCAUUGAGACGGAAAAGAACGAGCUUGAAGAACAGCUCUCACUCAUGGAGAAGGAAAAUGCAGAUCUUAAAGAACAACUCUCACUCUUGGAGAAGGAAAAUACGGAUCUUACAGAACAACUCUCACUCUUGGAGAAGGAAAACACGGAUCUUAAAGAACAACUCUCACUCUUGGAGAAGGAAAAGAAAGAUCUUGAAGACAAACUUUCAAACGUCGAAGAACAAAUCAGGGUUUUAAUAACAGAAAACGCUGCUUUACAGGAAGAAAAGGAAGAAAUAAUCAAGAAGGCGGAAGAGGAGAAGAAAGCUCUUGAAGAACAACUCUCACUAUUGCAGAAGGAAAAUACAGAUCUUAAAGAACAACUCUCAAUCGUGGCGAAGGAAAAUACGGAUCUUAAAGAACAACUCUCACUCUUGGAGAAGGAAAAUGCAGAUCUUAAAGAGCAACUCUCAAUCGUGGCGAAGGAAAAUACGGAUCUUAAAGAACAACUCUCAGUCAUAGAGAAGGAAAAUACGGAUCUUAAAGAACAACUCUCAAUCGUGACGAAGGAAAAUGCGGAUCUUAAAGAACAACUUUCACUCUUGGAGAAGGAAAAUACAGAUCUUAAAGAACAACUCUCAAUCGUGGCGAAGGAAAAUACGGAUCUUAAAGAACAACUCUCACUUUUGGAGAAGGAAAAUGCAGAUCUUAAAGAACAACUCUCACUCUUGGAGAAGGAAAAUACGGAUCUUAAAGAACAACUCUCACUCUUGGAGAAGGAAAAUACGGAACUUAAAGAACAACUCUCACUCUUGGAGAAGGAAAAGAAAGAUCUUGAAGACAAACUUUCAAACGUGGAAGAACAAAUCAGGGUUUUAAUAACAGAAAACGCUGCUUUACAGGAAGAAAAGGAAGAAAUAAUCAAGAAGGCAGAAGAGGAGAAGAAAGCUCUUGAAGAACAACUCUCACUAUUGCAGAAAGAAAAUACAGAUCUUAAAGAACAACUCUCAGUCUUGGCGAAGGAAAAUGCAGAUCUUAAAGAACAACUCUCACUCUUGCAGAAGGAAAAUGCAGAUCUUAAAGAACAACUCUCACUCUUACAGAAAGAAAAUGCAGAUCUUAAAGAACAACAAAAGAAGGAAAAUGCAGAUCUUAAAGAACAACUCUCACUCUUGCAGAAGGAAAAUGCAGAUCUUAAAACUCUCACUCUUGAAAAUGCAGAUCUUAAAGAACAACUCUCACUCUUGCAGAAGGAAAAUGCAGAUCUUAAAGAACAACUCUCACUCUUGCAGAAGGAAAAUGCAGAUCUUAAAGAACAAAAUGCAGAUCUUAAAGAACAACUCUCACUCUUGCAGAAGGAAAAUGCAGAUCUUAAAGAACAACUCUCACUCUUGAAAGAACAACUCUCACUCUUGCAGAAGGAAAAUGCAGAUCUUAAAGAACAACUCUCACUCUUGCAGAAGGAAAAUGCAGAUCUUAAAGAACAACUCUCACUCUUGCAGAAGGAAAAUGGAGAUCUUAAAGAACAACUCUCACUCUUGCAGCAGGAAAAUGCAGAUCUUGAAGAACAAAAUGCAGAUCUUAAAGAACAACUCUCACUCUUGCAAAAGGAAAAUGAAGAUCUUAAAGAACAACUCUCACUCUUGCAAAAGGAAAAUGAAGAUCUUAAAGAACAACUCUCACUCUUGCAAAAGGAAAAUGCAGAUCUUAAAGAACAACUCUCACUCUUGGAGAAGGAAAAUGCAGAUCUUAAAGAACAACUUUCACUCUUGCAGCAGGAAAAUCUCUUGCAGAAGGAAAAUGCAGAUCUUAAAGAACAACUCUCACUCUUGCAGAAGGAAAAUGCAGAUCUUAAAGAACAACUCUCACUCUUGGCGAAGGAAAAUGCAGAUCUUAAAGAACAACUCUCACUCUUGCAGGAAAAUGCAGAUCUUAAAGAACAACUCUCACUCUUGCAGACGGAAAAUGCAGAUCUUAAAGAACAACUCUCACUCUUGCAGACGGAAAAUGCAGAUCUUAAAGAACAACUUUCACUCUUGGCAAAGGAAAAUGCAGAUCUUAAAGAACAACUCUCACUCUUGCAGACGGAAAAUGCAGAUCUUAAAGAACAACUCUCACUCUUGCAGACGGAAAAUGCAGAUCUUAAAGAACAACUUUCACUCUUGGCAAAGGAAAAUGCAGAUCUUAAAGAACAACUCUCACUCUUGCAGACGGAAAAUGCAGAUCUUAAAGAACAACUCUCACUCUUGCAGAAGGAAAAUGCGGAUCUUAAAGAACAACUUUCACUCUUGGCAAAGGAAAAUGCAGAUCUUAAAGAACAACUCCCACUCUUGCAGAAGGAAAAUGAAGAUCUUAAAGAACAACUCUCAAUCUUGCAGACGGAAAAUGCUGAUCUUAAAGAACAACUCCCACUCUUGCAGAAGGAAAAUGAAGAUCUUAAAGAACAACUCUCACUCUUGCAGACGGAAAAUGCAGAUCUUAAAGAACAACUCUCACUCUUGCAGAAGGAAAAUGAAGAUCUUAAAGAACAACUCUCAAUCUUGCAGACGGAAACUGCAGAUCUUAAAGAACAACUCUCACGCUUGGAGAAGGAAAUGAAAGAUCUUGAAGACCAACUCCUUCUCUUAAGAGAACAGGUCAAGGUUUUACAAACAGAAAACGCUGCUCUACAGAAAGAAAAAGAAGAAAUAAUAAAAAAGGCUCGCGAGGAUGAAAAACUUGCUGAAUACAAAAUUUCCCUCUUGGAAGAACAGAUCAGAGUCUUACAAGCAGAAAACGACGGUUUAAAGAAAGAAAUGGAAGAAAUAAUUAAGAAGGCUCAAGAGGAAAGGAGAGUUCUUGAAGACAAACUUGCGCUCUCAGAAAAGGAGAAGAGAGAUCUUGAAGAUCAACUCUCACUCAUGAAGAAGAAUAUGAAAGAGAUGGCAGACCAACUCUUCCGCCUAGAAGAAGAGAUCAGGGCCUUACAAACAGCAAACGAUGCUUUGCAGAAAGAAAAGGAGGAAUUAAUUAGAAAGGCUGAAGAGGAGAAGAAAAAACUUGAAGACCAAAUCGCUCUCUUAUUGGUGGAGAAGAAAAACCUUGAAGACCAAGUCUCACUCUUGGAGAAGGAAAAGAAGGAUGUCGAAGACCACCUCUUACGCUUACAGAAGGAGAAGAGUGUUGUUGAAGAGCAACUCUUACUCUUAGAGGAAAAAGUCAAAAUGUUGCAAGCAGAAAACGCUGCUUUACAGACAGAAAUAGAAGAAGAAAUGAAGAAAUGUCAAGAAGAGAAAAAGCUUCUCGAAUAUAAGCUCUCCCUCGUGGAAGAACAGGUCAUGCAGUUGCAAAGAACAAACACUGAGUUACAGGAGGAACUAAAUGGAAUAACACAAAAAGCUGAAGAGGAGAAGAAACUUAUUGAAGAACAACUCAACCUCGUGAAGGAGCAAGUCAAGGUCUUGCAAACAGGAAACACUGCUUUACAGGAAGAAAAAGAAACAUUAAUCAAGACUUCUCAGAACGAAAAGAAUGGUGUUGAAGACCAACUUUCGCUCCUGCUGCAGCAGAAAAAAGAACUUGAGGACCAACUCUCAGGCAUGGAGAAGGAGAAGGGAGAUAUCGACGCGCAGCUCGCUCUCCUGGAGAAGGAAGCGGAAGACGCCAAACACCAACUCUCCGUCAAUGAAGAAGAGGUCAAGACUUUGCGAGAAGAAAACGCUGAGCUAGAGAGUGAAAAAGAAAAGCAGACGCAGAAGAUCAGAAAUAUUGAAGAUGAAAAGAAUGAUAUGAUAGAAAAGACUCGCUUGAUUGAAAACCAACUCGAGAACUGCUUGAGGAAUGUAACUGAAUAUGGCGAAAGAAUGACGGCACCCAGUGACUGUGCUGAUCUCUACUGUAAGGGGAUGAAGACGGACGGAGUCUACGACAUCAGACCAGGGAGGGUCGAACAGGCACUCCCGGUUUGGUGCGACAUGACUACGCUCGGAGGAGGAUGGACCACGUUCGUGCAGAGAGACAUCAGGGCCAUACCUACAGUGAACUUCACCAAACGCUGGGAUGACUACAAGAAUGGCUUCGGUGACGCCUCCACGGAGUAUUGGCUGGGGCUGGAGGGGCUGUACCAGCUGACCAAGUACGAGCCCCAGACCCUGCUGCUGUCCGCCACCAACGAACAUUUGGACACUCGCCAUGCUGUUUGGUCCACGUUUAAAGUCAACGACGAGCGCUCCUCGUACAAGGUGGAGAUAGCCGGGUACCAGACGACGAGCACCAUUGGAGACGUCCUUGUACGGAACCUCAACCUCACUGGAAUGAUGUUUUCUACCUACGACAGAGACAAUGACCUUUGGAAAAAGGCAGAAAGAGCUCGGCAGAAAAAUACGUCCGAUCAGCUUAACCUCACACAUCUGAAAACUCAUGGAGAGAAUCCUAAGGGAGGGACUCAUUCGCCAUUUUACAAUUAA